GCCUGUUGCGACUGGGUAAAUGACCUUAACCUUCCUCCGAAACUACUAGAGUACACUAUCAGAAACACCGCAGCUCUCAGGGAGAAGUGCCAGACGGGCGAGUGUCCAUUUGAAGAAGCUGCUCUUUUGAAUGGACGAUGUUGGGGAUAUGAAAGAAACUGCACCUAUGAAAAGAGCUAUUCUGCCGAACUUGGUGUACCGAAAUGUUCGCCGUCAUCCAAACGGGAACGUUUCUACAAACAAGCUGAUUUUGGAUAUGUUGCUGAGAGAAGCAAUAUGCACGAUAUCUGUUCCUCACAAGAUCAGGGAGGAAGCAGUUUGAGAUGUUCGGACGAUCUUCGCUAUUGCCAGGCGGCCAACAUCUUCUUCCAUUUCAAGAGUUGGAACGCAAAAAAUUCGAAGCGAUAUCGAGAGGAUGUGGUCCAGCGUGGCGAAGUUGGUGGUAACUGUGAAAAAUUCAACUCCAAGAUCUUGAAGGGAAACCUGAACGAGCGCGGCUACUUACGUAGUUGGGCGGACGAGUUUAUACACUUCGAGUCAGUGCCUUCUUUCACUGUGGACGACGAACACUGUGACAUAAUUUUCGAAAGACCGACAAUUGUGAUGAAACUGGACGCCUCUGUGAACAUGUACCAUCACUUCUGCGAUUUUGUCAACCUAUAUGCUUCACAGCACAUCAACGGAUCAUUUAAUCAGCAGGUAAUGGUGGAUUCGUUGAUUCGUGGUUUGGCGACACGUGGAAAGGCAUUUUCUGAUUCAAAGCCUGUGGAAUUAACUGCGUUGGCUGGCCGUAGGGAAACAGGUUGCCACGGUACAGGACUAAUGCAUGCGUUUGCUCACCAUAUUCUACAUCGAUUACGUAUCGAACAGGAGGGGCCUUUGCUUGAUAACGUACGGGUGACGAUCCUUUCGAGAGGCACCAAGUUCAGGAGAAUUCUCAAUUUGAAUGAGGUAAGAACCAGAGGGAGAGGAGAACAUAUAGCCGGCGUUACGCUGCUGGAGAGCGCGUUACAUUCGAAUGUCAUCAGCUUGCAAUCUUAG